UGGAGUCCCGCCUCUCGCCGCCGCGGUUGGCUGGAAGGGAGCCGUGAUGUCACACAGGGCCCCUCGAAGUGGGCUGGUGAGUGGCUACAUUGGACGGGGUGUGGGAGAAGAAUGGUGACGUCAUACAGAGGCUCCGCCCACUUCCUGAGAGCGGAAAGACCCGGCUGCUGAAGCUCGGGCCAAUCAGAGGGAAGGCUACUGGAUGGUAUGGAAGAGUAGAGUUUGCUGAGAUGGAGGAAAAGAAGCAUUCCAAGCCAGAUGAACAGGGAGAAUAAAGAUGUGGGACCAGGAAAGAGCUCAAGACAGGGAACAAGGGCCAGAAGCAGGCAUCUGUAGGUUGGAGCUAAACAAAGAGGAUGACCCGAAGCCCAAAGGUGAUGGAACGCAGCGGAGAGGUCUGACAAGAUGUACCAGGUUCCACUAUCACUGGACCGGGAUGGGACCCUGUUCCGGCUCCGCUUCACCAUGGUGGCCCUGGGCACAGUCUGCUGUCCACUUAUCGCCUUCCUCUUCUGCAUCCUCUGGUCCCUGCUCUUCCACUUCAAGGAGACUACGGCUACACACUGUGGGGUGCCCAAUUACCUGCCUUCGGUGAGCUCUGCCAUUGGUGGGGAGGUGCCCCAGCGCUACGUGUGGCGCUUCUGCAUCGGCCUGCACUCAGCACCCCGCUUCAUGGUGGCCUUCGCCUACUGGAACCACUACCUCAGCUGCACCUCCCCGUGUCCUAGCUACCAACUGCUUUGCCAGCUCAACUUCGGCCUCAACAUCAUCGAGAACCUCGCGCUGCUAGUGCUCACCUAUGUCUCUUCUUCCGAGGACUUCACUAUCCACGAAAACGCUUUCAUUGUGUUCAUCGCAGCAUCCCUCAGUCACAUGCUCCUCACCUGUAUUAUCUGGCGGCUGACCAAGAAGCACACAGUAAGUCAGGAGGAUCAGAAGUCCUACAACUGGAAACAGCGGCUCUUCAUCAUCAACUUCCUCUCCUUCUUCACGGCGCUGGCAGUCUACUUUCGGCACAACAUGUAUUGUGAGGCUGGAGUGUACACCAUCUUUGCCAUCCUGGAAUACACUGUUGUCUUAACCAACAUGGCAUUCCACAUGACAGCCUGGUGGGACUUCGGGAACAAGGAGCUUCUCAUUACCUCCCUGCCUGAGGAAAAGCGGUUCUAAACCCUUCUCUCCUGCAGAGAAGGCCCACUGCCCAGAAACUAGAAACGAGAUAACCACUCUGGCCUUCCCUACUCCUUGUGUCCUCUCUGGGCCCUACUGAAGGGGGGGAGGGAAGAAGAAAGGAAGAAGGGUACAGGACAUGGUUUUACCCAACUCUACGGCAUCUCCUUUCACCCCAUGUGAAGGUAUAGGAACCUUCAAGCAGCAUCACCCUUACCUGAGAAGCCCCAAGAAGCUGAGGUGGCAGGAGAGCUCCAUCUGGUGCUAAAAAAAAAAAAAGUCCUGAGGUUCAUAACCACCAUCCGGUUGUUGGCCUUAAGAUAGCCACCUCUCAUUGAGGUCAGGGACCACUAAGCAGUGGCUGCCACCUGAAAACCACAGCCAUUGUCUUCCUGUGGUCAUUCACUUGGCUCAUGUCUCUAAUAAUCUAUUCUGCACACCCUGCUAAGGCUGCCCGGAUGGUCUAGUCCUGACUUCAUCUCUGAUGAUGGGGGGUGAGCAGGCUGCAUGAUUUCCAAGGGCUCUGCCAGCCUGUGCUUCUGAUACCACCUUGUGGAGGUGGUGAUCUGUACCCGAAGGCUGACUGCUCCGGAAAAAGCACUGGCACAGCAUAUGUUUCUCUUCCCUUCUGAAAUCUCUGGCUUACAGACUCAUCCUCCUUGGCAAAAGUGUGGGGUGGAAGGGCCAGAGGCAGAUGCCAACCCCCACUGGUGCCCCUUCCCCAACUUCCCUACUAUCCCAGGCUCUGAGCUCUUUUGAUUGUGCAUUUUAUUUCAAAGGAAAAUAAAUUUAUUUUUUUUUGCCAACAA